AUGCCAAAAGAAACAAAAACAUAUUUCGAUUGUGGCGAUAUCAUUCACUUGAUUGGAUAUUAUCCAACGAAUCGUCCAACAACGACGACAACAUCGCGACCACCAAGUCAUGAUGUUAAUAACAAACCUUAUUACCAAUAUCCUUAUAAUACAAAUGAUUGGAACUACGAGUCUAAUCAUAUCCCGCAUGGACCUGGUUCAUCGAUUUAUCCCUCCUACAACUCUCCGGUUUCAACAUCGAAUACUCAUCAUAAGCCACACAAUACUUACAACUACCACAACUAUGGCGGAUUUGUUGAUGAUUCAGGCUAUCAAGCAACCUCCAGUCCAGUGAUUUCCAACAACCACAACUAUAAUCAUCCUCAAGUUACGCCUUCUAGACCUUCAUCAGCAAACGGAUAUCAAAAUAAUGAUUAUCCAGAAGAUGUCUUUGGCUAUGGCUCAUAUCAGGGUAUUGAAAGAACUUGUGGUGAACUUUACACGAGAUCAAAUCGAAUAGUUGGUGGACAUUCGUCAGCUUUUGGGACGCAUCCUUGGCAAGCCGCUUUAAUUAAGACAGGAUUUUUGACAAAGAAAUUAAGUUGUGGUGGUGCUUUAUUAUCGAAAAGAUGGGUAGUCACAGCAGCUCAUUGCGUUGCAACGACUCCAAACUCGAAUCUGAAGGUUCGCUUGGGCGAGUACAAUGUGAAAGAUCAAGAUGAGCGUCUUCCGCAUGAAGAAUAUUUAAUAGAAAGAAAAGAAGUUCAUCCCAAUUAUUCACCGAGUGAUUUUCAAAACGAUGUUGCCCUUGUGAAGUUAAAUCGAAACGUCAAGUUUAAGCAACAUAUUUUACCGGUGUGUCUGCCUCCGCCAUCUGCAAAGCUUAUUGGAAAAAUGGCAACUGUCGCAGGUUGGGGAAGAAUCAGACACGGUGCAACAACAGUUCCAAACGUUCUUCAAGAAGUUGACGUUGAAGUUAUUCCAAAUGAUCGAUGCCAAAGAUGGUUUAGAACAGCUGGUAGGCGAGAAAUUAUUCAUGAUGUUUUCCUCUGUGCGGGUUAUAAAGAAGGGGGCGAUAGCGGCGGACCGUUAACAUUAACAUUGGAUGGCCGUAAGACACUUAUCGGGCUGGUUUCAUGGGGAAUUGGAUGUGGACGCGAACAUUUACCGGGAGUGUACACAAAUAUUCAAAGGUUUGUUCCAUGGAUCGAAAAAGUAAUGGGAAAAGAAUAUUAAACAAAGAAAUAUUCAAAGUGCCUGCAGCCAAUUAUAUUUAAUAUUUAUUUGAGUAUUUCGUAUUGCUGAAAAUGUGAAAAACAAACCAAAAUGUUAAACACUUAAGCAAAGCAUUUCUGUAAAUAUUUGAUUGUAAGAGAAAUUUAUUUUAAGUGAAUUGGA